AUGUCUCGAUACUUACGUCCGGCGGCUAGAUUAGCUGCCUCUGCACGUACCGCCGCAGUCCCCCGAACUAUUCCCCGGUUUGCUCCCGCUUCUUUCGCCAUUUCUCAACGGAGAACGUUCGCAGAUGUAAAGGGUACCAAGGAAUACACUGUCCGUGAUGCCCUCAACGAGGCUAUGGCUGAGGAGCUCGAGGCCAAUGACAAAGUUUUCGUUAUCGGAGAGGAAGUUGCCCAGUACAAUGGCGCAUAUAAGGUUACGAAGGGCCUUUUAGAUCGCUUUGGAGAGAAGAGAAUUAUUGAUACCCCGAUUACUGAAAGUGGUUUCUGUGGUUUGGCUAUUGGUGCUGCGCUGAGCGGUUUGGCUCCUGUUUGCGAGUUUAUGACUUUCAACUUCGCCAUGCAGGCUAUCGACCAGAUCGUCAACAGUGCUGGCAAGACGCUCUAUAUGUCCGGUGGUAUUCAGCCCUGUAACAUCACGUUCCGCGGCCCUAACGGCUUUGCCGCCGGUGUCGGCGCUCAGCACUCUCAGGACUACAGCGCUUGGUAUGGAUCUAUCCCUGGUCUUAAGGUUGUUUCUCCCUGGUCUGCCGAAGAUGCCAAGGGACUGUUAAAGGCUGCUAUCCGUGACCCCAACCCAGUCGUCUUCCUUGAGAACGAGCUUAUGUACGGUGUCUCUUUCCCCAUGUCCGAAGCCGCCCAGAAGGACGACUUCGUUAUUCCGUUUGGCAAGGCCAAGAUCGAACGCCAGGGCAAGGAUCUAACUUUGGUCUCCCUUUCUCGUACCGUUGGACAGUGCAUGGUCGCAGCCGAAGCCCUAAAGAAGAACUACGGUGUGGAUGUGGAAGUUAUCAACUUGCGGUCGAUAAGGCCUCUGGAUAUCGAGACCAUCGUCAAAUCGGUUAAGAAGACGCACCGCCUGAUUUCUGUCGAGUCCGGUUUCCCCUUCGCUGGUAUGGGCGCUGAGAUUCUUGCUACGACCAUGGAGUAUGCUUUCGACUACCUAGAUACCCCUGCCCAGCGAAUCACCGGUGCUGAAGUCCCCACACCAUAUGCCCAAGGCCUAGAGCAGAUGAGCUUCCCGACGGAAGACCUCAUUGAGAAGUUUGCUGCGAAGGUGCUACGUGUAUAA